UCGUCGGUCCAAAAAAAUGGCGUACCAGACGUUCCAGCAGGAGUACUUACAGAUUCCCGUGGUUACACGGACAUACACGACCGCAUGUGUGCUCACAACAGCGGCGGUGCAACUAGAACUCAUCACACCGUUCCAGCUUUAUUUCAACCCAGAUUUGAUAAUAAAGCACUACCAGGUAUGGCGACUUGUGACCAAUUUCCUGUUUUUCGGUCAAGUUGGCUUCAACUUCUUAUUCAACAUGAUAUUUUUGUACCGCUACUGCCGAAUGCUGGAGGAGGGCUCGUUCAGAGGCAGAACCGCUGACUUUGUCUUCAUGUUCCUGUUCGGUGGCCUUCUCAUGACUAUAUGUGGGAUGUUUGUGAGCCUCGUGUUUUUAGGCCAGGCGUUCACCAUCAUGCUCGUGUACAUAUGGAGCAGACGCAACCCUAACGUACGCAUGAACUUCUUCGGCCUGCUCAACUUCCAAGCCCCUUUUCUCCCGUGGGUACUGAUGGGAUUCUCUUUACUGCUGGGCAACUCCAUCAUUGUGGACCUUUUAGGCAUUGCAGUGGGGCAUGUGUAUUUCUUUCUGGAGGAUGUCUUUCCCAACCAGCCCGGAGGUGGCAGAUGGUUAAGGACCCCUUCAUUUCUCAAGAUGCUCUUCGACACGCCGGAGGAAGAUCCGAACUACAAUCCGCUCCCCGAGGAUCGGCCGGGCGGCUUCGCGUGGGGAGAGGGUCAGCGCCUGGGGGGCUAAGUUCCAGCCCCCAAGUCCAGCACACAUCCACGGACUCCUACUUGUUUCUCUUGUGCUGUAAGAAAAGCUGGGAUGUGAGGCCCACAGCGUACACACACGUAUGUGCCUCCUCCCGGCCGCCUGCCAGACCCAGACUGACACUCGAGACUCCCGGCGAGGGUUCCAUGCAAAACGGGGCGGGACGUUUUCCGACGCUGUUGCUCGUGCGGUUGGUUUUUUCGUCGUGUCAUGCAACGGUGAUCACUGAUGUGGAGCUACUGCAAACAUAACGCUGGAUUGACUGAAGCCAGAGCAAAUUGUGGUUUUACUUUUUUAUUAAAAUAAAUGUAUAUAAAAUGUGCAAGGA